CCCGUUAGCCACAGUGAGCGAGACAAGAGAGCACAAAGAAAGCACCCACACUGGGUCGAGUAAGGAGGGAUGUAAUAGGAAUAGCAUGAUGUAAACACGGAAUAAAAACCGCAAGGCAGCAUUUCCAUUUCCCGUCGCACCGGUCCAUUAUCGGCGUUCAAUAUUAUAUGAGGUACGUUCGUGUAACGACGGCGCGUCUGUCUGGGCGGCGGGAGGCAGCCAGUAAGUGAGACAUUUGUAGCCAAGAGGAGUUGAGCAUUGUUUCAUUCUCGCUCCAGGCUUUUCUGUAGUUGCUCGCUGUCUUUCUUUGUUGUUGUUUUGAACCGAGCCCGGUUGGUUCACUGAGAUCAUGCUGCUGGGUGUUUCAAGCAGGCAACUGGAGAUUCUCUUCUUGUUUUUUUAAAGUCAGUUUUUUUCUUCUUCUUCAUUUUUGGACUCGGCGAUGACAAAGGAAAUAUACGCUGAUAUGUUGCAUUUUUUGAGGUCGACACAUCUCGAUGAGUGAGACCCACUGAUCCAGUCAUCCCUUCACUCCGAACCCCUCUCCUCCUCUGUUGCCCUAAACCUAACCCCCCUUCACUUCAGUCACCAUGACUUCCACCAACCAACUCCUGGGUUUGGCUGAGGUGAGCCUGAAGUGUGACCAGGAGAUUGAGAGGAGAUACGAGAUUGUUCCCUCGGUGGUCUGCUCCAUGUGCUGCCUCUUUGGAAUCAUCUACUGCUUCUUUGGCUAUCGAUGCUUUAAGGCCGUAUUGUUCCUCACAGGCCUAAUGUUUGGCUCUGUGGUCAUCUUCAUGUUGUGCUACAAGGAGAGGGUGAUGGACACUCAGCUGAGCGUAGAGGCAUCGGUGGGCAUCGGCCUGGGGAUCGGGACCCUGUGUGGCCUGGUGACCAUGUUGGUCCGCAGCGUGGGACUGUUUAUGGUGGGCCUGCUGCUGGGCCUGCUGUUAGGAGUGGCGUCACUGGUGGCCAUGGAGGAGUUCUACCACCCCAGAACAGUGUGGGUUCCUCUGGGUAUUCUCCUGGGUUCUGGGACGCUAUUUGCCGUCCUCACUCUUCAAUGGCAGCGCUGCUUCGUCACCCUCUCCACCGCCACCUUCGGCUCCGCAAUCAUCACUAUCACCGUGGACUACUUUAUAGAGCUGUUUGCCUUGGUACACUACGUCUACGAGAGACUCCGGGUGGCGCCAAAGAGGUCGGUGUGCUGGUUUACUUGGGUCAUCUUGGGGGUGUGGCCUGUCCUGUCCCUCCUCGGAGUGCUGAUCCAAUGGAAGGUCACUGCCGAGGGAUUCUCUCACACAGAGGUGGUUUUGAGUCGACAGCAGCGGAGGGUUCAGCUCAUGCGGAUCCGACAGCGGGAAGAGAAGCUGAAAAAAGAGAAGGAGAACAAAAAGAAGAAAAAACGAGAGAACCAGAAGACCACCCACAAGCAGAAAGCCCACACCCAUCAUCACCACCACCACCACCAGCCGUACCAUCACCCUGUGGCAUCCCACCCUCACCAAGCCCAGAGCUCCCAGCCACCUAAAGUCCCGCCUCCUCAGACUGAACCGGGCUACCAGCGCAAGGCCAACCCUAAAAGGCGCUUUGAUGGAGAUGUGCUGUCACCGAGCUACAUCAAGAGUUUCCGGGACAGACAAACGGACAGACGAGCCUACUCCCACAGUCGAAUGAUGAGCCGCUCCCGCAUGGCCGAACUCGACUACGACUGCGGCUCUCGAGUGCCCCUCACGGCUCCCAGUGGACCACCAGUUCGCAUCUGAUACAAGGAAAUGAACAUGCGUACACCUAACCACACACACACACACACACACACACACACACAAUUACACAAGGCUACUUCAAACCUCUUUGUCACUGUUAGGGAUAGAAAAACUAACCCUAUGUGCCAACCUUAUCAAAAGCCUAAUAACCCAACAGGAACGCAAUAUGUUCCAAUAAGGUGGUGAGUCCCAGACUGGUUUUCUCCUCUCAGACCUGUUACAAGUUGUGUUUUUUUGACCGGUUUGGUCCUGUUCUGUUCUUUAUGACCGUCAAGACACAACACGAGCCCCUCUUCUUUUGGAUGGAGCAAGAACUGAUUGCUUGGUCAAAUCUCAAACACAGUCAUCACACACUGAAUUGGACUUGAAACCUGUUUGUACUGUUCUGGAGGACACUGGAAAUAAUGGACCUGUCUGGUGGGGAGUUGAUUAAAAUAUCUCUGUUGAACAUUUGAUUUAAAGAAUGUUCUGGUUGCUUCAAGCCAUAAGAAGUCAUUUCCAGUGGGAUUGCAGUGGGGGAAACUAUCAAAACAUUACUUUCUCCACAGGAGAGCUGCACCAUUUCAGAUACAAAUGCAUCACACGGCUUCCAUGGAGUCAAGGUAGCACAACCUUCAAUAAACCUUCCACAGCAGCUUUAGUUCAAGGGAAAUGAAGGAGGAAACGAUUUGCUUCACGGAUUCCAUUCAGAGCGCUCAGAGGAAUAUGACAGAAAAACAACAACAGGAAACACAGCUAGCACUGAAACAGAAAGGCAGCUCUUCUUCAUCAUUUUCUCCACUGUAAGGUCACUGUGUGAAGGCAGGUGUACGUGAAGUCAGCCUGUUAUCUUCUCUGACAGCCUGUGAAUCCAGACAUGGCAGCACACGUCUUCUGCUGCUUCAAACUGCAGAACAGGAACUCCUUUUAGGUGUGCAUAGGAUCAAAGAGUUAACACCGAAGACAAUUUUAAUGUUAUUUCACCCACGAGCACUCCAUGUGUCAUUGCCUACAUUUAUGCCAUUUUCCAAGGGGAAUGUGCUUGCAUCUCAUCACUCUCCUUUUCUCCUUGACAGCCAGCUGUUUGAGCAGGAAACACAUACGUACCUCUCGUCUUCUUUUUGAAAGCUACUGUAUGUGAUUAUCCUCGUUGAAGUGUUUCUGAACGCUCACACGUCCAUUUUCCUCUUGUUAUCCAAGUACAAGUCGACCUUUGUUGAAUUUGUCAGCUGUGUCAAUAUAAUGUUAAAGCACAAAGACAAGAAACUGCUAUCUGAUACUGGUCAUCCAGGAAUGAGACGGUUGAAAUUCAGAGUUUGGAGGGGACAAUACAUGGCAGUGAAAAUGUUAAAUAUAGUGUGUUUGUGUGUGUGUGUGAGUGGACACAGAAGCCCUGUGGUAAGUGAUGGAUUGCACCACAUACUGGCCAAGGAGAGGGGGGGAUUCAUUGUCGUGAAUGCUGUAUUUUUGUCCCUCUUUUUUUUUUUUUGCCAGUAUACUGGUCCUGUUUCAGAUGUGAAUCUUAUAGUUUGGAUGAAGUGUUAAAUGAUGAAAAGGAGGAGGAGGAAGAUAAUCUCCUGUAAAUGAUGAAACAUAAUGAAAAGAUGAAACCAUUUGCAAACAGCGCCCUCUCAUGUUUACUGCUAGACCUUUUCUUUCUAGACUUGACUGUUUUUGUGCGCAUAUGUUCGUGUGUUACAUGCAUUUGCGUGUGAAUGGCUUUUGAAUUCAAACGCGCUCCGCGCAUUAAUGUUGUCGUGUCGAACAUCCGGAAAAGGUGAGGGAGUUAGAUUUGUACAAGCAGUAUUUUCAGGAACAAAGGAACUUGUUUUAUUUGAACCUCUUUUGGAAUUGACGUACGGUAGUUCCUCACCAUAAAGACCAACACUACCCAGAUUUUACUUCAUGAGGUUUAGAUGGACAAAAAGAUUCCACAGUACUGUUCUUAAAUACUAAAUAUCUAAAUAUGGGCUUGGCACCAGGACCAAUCUUUCUCACCUCAACCCGUUACUGCAUGAGAAUCCUUGUGUAACUGUUUCCAAUGUGUCAGUGUUUCAGUGUGUCACUGUUGUCAUGUGAAAACCUCAGAUUUCCAUUUUGGAUUUGUUGGUCCCAGGGUGCACAAAACACAAUCCACAAUGACUGAUGAAAGGACCAACCACAGCCUAUUCUGCCACAGGAUCAACUCUUCUCUUCUCUUCUUGUUCCCUCCUCUUGACAUGCAUUAUGCUCAGUCCCCUUCUAUUCUGCUGUAUCAUUGUUAUGCCAAUAAUGUUGUGCAGUAGUGGCUGUACAAGUGUUACUUGGGGUUUUGCUCACUCUAGUCAUCAAUGUCUUUAACAUUAACAUUGAAAGACAAAAAAUGACAAAAUGGUAAUUCAAAACAUUUGUAAGUUGGGCCUGAAAUGGAUUAUCAGAAAUACAUUUUCUGUUUUCUGUGCCCAUUGCUACUGAAUAUUUGUUGGGGAAAUGCUUGUUGUAGAUAUUGAACUGUAAAUAAUUUUCAAAUGUGCAACUGUUUUACUUUAAUUUUAUCCAGCAGAUUGGACCUGUUUUAUAUUGUGUUUCUACUGUACGUCCUAUUGGUUUGACUGGGUGGUGGAUGCACUUGUAUCGUUCUCAUGCUGUUCUUUCAGCGUGUGAUGUUGAAGAGCAGCAAACAAACUGAGCCUCAACUGAUUAUCAGCAACCAUUAGUAAUUUAAUAAUUGCUCCACAUUGUGAGAAGACGCGACAAUUAAUUUUCCUACCACCCUGUUUAAAUGUGUACAAAUCACCUUAUUAUUAUUAUUAUUAUUAUUGAUAGCAUGAAUUUAUAUGGACCUACAAUAUGAUAAACAUUGUGAUUCUACAAUCUGA